UCACUCGCCCAUUGUUUAGUUUUUACAAGUUUUUUCUAACAAAAGUACCGAUAGUUGCACUAUUAAAUGUAGAUACUGUGUGGGUGUAUUAAACCUAUUAGGUAGGAAUGUGCUCUUCCACGCGACAGGAUGGGAAUAGAGCCAGAGUGCGAUAAUGCCAUCAGAACUCAUGGUUAUGCUGGUUUUAAGUGGCGUAGCACGAAUUCUAUGUUAGGCCAGAAGGUGAUGCUACGGUAGUAAAUUGGGAAAAACGUCGAAUGUUCAUGUCAAAUAAAGGUUGUGGUAAUAGAUUGGCCUGUAUAACAAGAGUAGCAUACUGUCUACGUUCGCGCAGUACCGGUAUUCAAAAACACGUGUCAUCAUAAAAACUAAAAUCGCAAGGUGACGUUUGUAUUCAUUUUGACAAGGAAGAACAAAUAUACAAGUAUUACUUGCAGUAUUAUAUAAAAAGUUGAAAUCUGAAGAUAAUUAUCAGAAGGAUAAUAUCUUACCAAAACCAAAGGAAUUGUCUUAAAUUUCCUUGAUUGUAAGAAAAAGGAAUUGUUUCUAUUGUGCAUAUACUGAUUCCAGUUAAGUCAAAAUGAGAAUACCACAUACUGUCCCAAAGAAUGCAUAUGAGGUGUAUAAACCCUCCAGGACAACUUUGAAUCUUGUUGGCGAGGAUGCAAGACCAAUCAAAGCUGAAAAUAUCACUUGGGAUGAAGAUAUACCUCCAACUCUAGUUACAUUGUGUGUACAGAGCCUUGUACAGUCAUUCAAAGACAGACCAGUACUAAAUUUACUGCCACCAGAAGCACUUGACCUACUACUGGAAACAUUACCAACUGAUCUCCCUGUAAAACUUACUGUCCCACUGAUUAGAGAUGGAAUUUACUGGGAAAGAAGUGCUCGUAACCGUUGGAAAAGUAUGAAUGACGUACAUGACUAUGGAGGGUCAUGGAAGCGAUUGUAUAUAGAACGGCAUCUGCAAGAUGAAUUGGAGAUGAUGCCUGUGGAAAAUUUUGUUGGUCAGGAGGUCGCAGUGCUUGUUUCUCUGUGUUCCUCAUAUGUGCAUCGCCUGCGUCUACGGCAGCUUAAGGUUGCCCGAUUGCCUCCAUUAAUGGAGGGGCCUGAUGAAUGUUCCACUGAACUUCCACCCAUGAAUCAUAUAGAUCUUGCACUCAUCAUCAGAGGUCUUACAGAACUUGAGGAGCUGGACAUAGUUUUUGGGGAGCUGAAUUGUGGCAUGGAUUUUAAAUGGUCGUUUUUCAAGUUUGCUGUAUCUGAUUGCCAUAACAUUGGCAUAGGCAUGGAAAGCCUUCAGCACAUUACAAUUCUAAGGCUACAUCGUUGCACAUUGGAUGACAUCCGCCUUGCUGCUCUGCUACAACAUCUUGUCAACAAUAAAACACUAAUUGAACUGGAUUUUUCACAUUGUUUGGUGGGUGAUGCAGGUGCAAUGGCCUUAGGAAAGUUGCUGCAAUCUCAUCCAACAUUGAAUAUUCUAAAUCUGUGUAACAAUAUGAUUGGAUCAAAGGGUGCAGAAGGUCUGGCAUAUGGCAUUUCUCAUGGUGGAAGCUGUCCUCUGAAGUGCCUUAACCUGCGUCUUAAUUCAAUGAUAAAGGAUGAGGGAGUGGCAUUCCUCUGUGCAGCAUUGGCAUUGAUGGAAGAAGGACGGUUGGCGGAACUGAACUUAGCUGGAUGUACUAUUACUUCAGUUGGGGCCUUGAGUAUUGGGGAGAUGCUGGUCAAGAAUCAGAGUCUCCGAAUACUUGACCUCUCCAAUAACCAACUUGAUGAGAAAGGAGGUAAAUAUCUUGAAGAUGGUCUGAAACAUAACCAGACACUCCUGCAGCUUGAUCUAAGAGUGACAGGUAUUUUAGAAGAAAAUAGUUUAAAUAUAAUGCUUGACCUACAAAAAAAUAAAGAACUACACAAGAAGCAACAGAAAAAAUUACGAAAAGCACAUAAAAGCCGAGUUUAUUUCCAAGAUAUGGUGUAAAACAGAGUAAUUCUAGGACAUUGUGGAUAUGAAGAAAUGCAGAAAUUUUCAACAUUUGGAGGACCUUUUUACUUUAAUCUAAAUUUUCUUUGUUGACAUCAUUCUAUGAAACAAAGGAAUAAUGUUCUUGUGACACUAUCUUAAUAACAAAUAUGGAUGUUUCAGUAUUUGUGAAAAGUAUAUUCCACAAUGAAGUAUCAAUAGAAAUUAUGUCUUUCAUAAAUAUUAAGUAUGACAUAAAAUAGCUGUACUUGUUUGUUAGA